AUGGCGGCUUUGUCUUCCACCUCUCGCACAUCCCUUCCAAACCUUCCCAAAUUUUCAUCCCACAGAGUCAAUUUCCACCCUCAGCAACUCAAUUUACGCCCUUGCACCUCAAAAUCGAAGCCAAGUAACCCCUUAUCUUUGACCAGAGUCCCAACCUCAACAUGCGAACGCUGCAACGUGUUCAGCGAGGAACUGAUCGGAAGCGUGGCGGAAGAGGAGGGUUAUAGCAGCUCCAUGGACGAUAAGCAAUUCGUGCGUUGGUUUCGUGAGACGUGGCCGUACUUGUGGGCCCACCGUGGUGCCACCUUCGUCGUCAUCGUCUCCGGAGAAAUUGUCUCUAGUCCUUAUUUGGAUCCAAUUCUCAAGGAUAUAGCCUUUCUUCAUCACCUGGGAAUCCGGUUUGUUAUUGUUCCGGGGACCCAUGUGCAAAUUGACAAUCUUUUGCGUGAGAGAGGGAGAGAACCUAAGUACGUUGGUCCAUAUAGGGUAACUGAUGAUGAGUCUCUGGCAGCUGCAAUGGAAGCAGCUGGGAGAAUAAGAUUGAUGAUUGAAGCCAAGCUUUCUCCUGGACCCUCCAUUUACAAUAUUCGUCGACAUGGUGACAAUAGCCGUUUGCAUGAAGUUGGUGUCAGUGUAGCGAGCGGGAACUUUCUUGCAGCCAAGAGAAGAGGUGUUGUCAAAGGAGUUGAUUUUGGGUCGACUGGAGAGGUUAAAAAAGUAGAUAUUUCUCGCAUGUGUGAGAGGCUCGAUGGCAACUGCAUUGUUAUUUUAAGCAACUUGGGCUACUCCAGCUCUGGACAAGUAUUAAAUUGCAAUACCUAUGAAGUUGCAACAGCUUGUGCCUUGGCCAUAGGAGCAGACAAGCUUAUAUGCAUUAUAGAUGGUCCAAUACUGGACGAAAAUGGACACCUUAUUCGCUUUUUGACUCUUCAAGAGGCAGACAUGCUAAUUCGUAAACGGGUUGAACAAAGUGAAACAGCUGCAAACUAUGUGAAAGCUAUUGCGGAAGAAAGUUUCAAAACUCUUACAAAUUUUAAUGGGACAGUCCAUUCUCCACAGAAUGGAAAAACAUUGUCAGAAUGUCAUGAUGCAACAUUUCAUAACGGUGUUGGUUUUGACAAUGGCAAUGGCCUUUGGUCUGGGGAGCAAGGUUUUGCUAUAGGAGGUCAGGAGUCACUAAGUCGAAUGAAUGGUUACCUGUCAGAGCUGGCUGCUGCAGCCUUCGUUUGCAGAGGCGGUGUUCAAAGAGUUCAUUUGUUGGAUGGCACUAUUAGUGGAGUUCUAUUGUUAGAAUUGUUCAAGAGAGAUGGGAUGGGGACAAUGGUGGCUAGUGACCUUUAUGAAGGCACCCGGAUGGCUCAAGUAACAGAUAUUUCUGGAAUAAAACAACUUAUCCAGCCUUUAGAGGAGUCUGGCGUAUUGGUUAAGCGGACUGACGAAGAGCUGCUUCGAUCACUAGGGUCCUUCAUUGUUGUGGAAAGAGAAGGUCAAAUAAUUGCUUGCGCCGCACUUUUUCCUUUUUUUGAGGAGAAGUGUGCAGAGGUUGCUGCAAUUGCAGUAUCCCCUGAUUGUAGAGGCCAAGGACAGGGAGACAAAUUACUUGAUUAUAUAGAGAAGAAGGCAUCAUAUCUUGGAUUUGAAAUGCUUUUCUUGCUUACAACUCGUACAGCAGAUUGGUUUGUGAGGCGAGGAUUUUCAGAAUGUUCAAUUGAUUUUAUACCUGAGAAGAAAAGGAAAAUGAUUAAUCUAUCCCGCAACUCCAAGUAUUACAGGAAGAAGCUUCUACCCAAUAAGAGUGGAAUUACUUUUGGUAGCAACUUUACUUCCCAUUAG